CGCCGUCGGACCGUCCCGGGCGGUUCCGGUGCCCGUUGUUGCCGGUGCCGUUCCGGCGCGAUGCGGGUGGUGGCGGCGGCGCUGCGGGCCGGGGCGGGCGGCGGUACCCGGUACCGGCAGGGGCAGCGCCCGGGGCUCCGGGACCGCGAGUAUUUCUAUUACAUCGACCACCAGGGGCAGCUUUUCCUGGACGACACCAAAGUCAAGAACUUCAUCACCUGCUUCAAAGACGUGGCGUUCCUCGCCUUCUUCUUCAAGCAGUUGGAACGGAACCGGAGCGGGCGUUACGAGGCGGAAUUCCCAUUCCUUUCACCAUGCGGACGGGAGCGGAAUUUCCUUCGGUGCGAUGACCGCCCCAUCGUUUUCACCCACCUCUUGCCGGGCUCCGGCAAAAACCGCCUCCUCUCUUUUUGCGGAGCCGGCGAGCGCCUGGUGGUACCUUUCCAACCGGAGAAAUUGGUGGUGAUGCCGGAAAACGGGCGGCUCUAUCAUCCGGCACCAGCUAAAGCCGGCGGCGUUGGGUUGGUGCGCUCGGCGUUGGCGUUAGAAUGGAGCUCCGGCUUCGAGUACGGUGAAGGCGCGGCACAACAUCCAACCCAUUUCCAUUGGGAAGGUCAACGUUACCGGCUCACCGAGGAGUUGCUUCCAUUGUUGCGUGCUGGAGGAGAGGGAUCCGCCGAGGAAUUGCCGGUUGUCCCAGUCACCACGGGCCAGGGUUGAGUUGGGGACCUCCCGGGCGUUGCCGGCAUCUCAAUGCGUGGUGAGAUCCGUGAACAAAGAGGUUGAACCGUGUGGCUGUGGUAUUUCCUUGGGUAACGGGAUUUGGGGGGACCACGGUGAUGGUGUCCACCGGGAUUCUGCUCCCUCGGCACCGGGGAUUUAUUAACCAACCUCCAGGCAUUAAUUAAUCAUAGAAUCACCAGGUUGGAAAAGAUCUCCGGGAUCAUCAAGUCCAACCAUCCCUAUCAACCACUAAACCACAGCCCUGAGGACCUCAUCUACCCAUCUUUUAAACCCCUCCAUGGAAGGUGACUCCACCACCUCCCUGGGCAGUUCCAGUGCCUGAUGACCCUUUGGGUGAAGAAGUUUUUCCUGAUGGCCAACCUGAACCUCCCCUGGUGGAGCUUGAGGCCGUUCCCCCUUGUCCUAUCACCUGGGAGAAGAGCCCCACCACCCUCCUCACCACAACCUCCUUCCAGGUAGUUGUAGAGAGCACUAAGGUCUCCCCUCCUCAAGGCUAAACCACCCCAGGUCCCUCAGCUGCUCCUCACAACCCUUGUUCUCCAGCCCCUUCACCACCUUCAUUGCUCUUCUCUGGACACUCUCCAGCCCCACAAGGUCCUUCUUGGACCGACGGGCCCAGAAUUGAAUGCAGGAUUUGAGGUGUGGCCUCACCAGGGGCACAAUCCCCUCCCUGGUCCUGCUGGCCACACCGUUUCUGACCCAAAUCAAGAUACCAUUGGCCUUCUUGGCCACCUGGGCCACUUCUGGCUCGUGUUUGGUCGCUGUCAACCAACACCCUCAGGUCCUUCUCCAUGGGGCAGCUUUCCAGCGGCUCCUCCCCAAGGUUGGAGCUAUACGAGGUUGGUGUGUCCCAAGUGCAGGACCCGGCCUUUGGCCUUGGUGAACGUCAUCCCACCGGUCUCAACCCAUCGGUUGAGCCUGUUCGGAUCCCCUUUGGAGAACCUCAACACCCUCAAGGACAUCAACACCUUCUCCCAGCUUAGUGUCACCUGUGAACUUGCCAAGAGUCCGUUCAAUGCCUUCAUCCAGGACAGUGAUGAAGACAUUGACCAGGAUUGGACCCAGCACUGAGCCAUGGUGGACACCACUUGUGACCGGCCUCCAGCUGGAGUUGACUCCAUUGACCACACUCUUUGGGCUGGACCAUCCAACCAGCUUUUUUCCAGGGGGAGGAAACGCUGGAUUUGAGGAGAAAACACGAGAUCUAGGGGAGGAAACGUCAGGUUUUGGAGAAGAAACAUGGAAUUUUAGGGAGAAAACAAAAAAAUAAGGGAGGAAAAAAUGGAUUUGGGGAAGAAACAUGGAAUUUGGGGACAAAACACCAAGUUUUGGGGAGGAAGCGCCAAAUUUGAGGAAUAAAAUGCCAAAUUUGAGGAAUAAAAUGCCAAAUUUUAGGGAGGAAAUGUGGAAUUUGAGGAGGAAACAUCAAGUUUGGGGAAGGAAACGUGGAAUUUUGGGGAGGAAACACCAACUGUGGGGAGGAAACACCAUAUUUGGAGGAGGAAUUGCUGAAUUUUGGAAGGAACCGUUGAUAACGGUAGAUUUGGGGAGAAAAUGCAGCUCUGGGGGAGAAAACGUCGGGUUUUGGAGAGGAAACACUGAAUUUUAGGGAGGAAUGAAAAAAAUAAGGGAGAAAACAUGGAAUUUGGGGGAGGAAACGCCAAGUUUUGGGAGGAAGCACCACAUUUGGGGAAUAAAAUGCCUAAGUUUGGGGAGGAAACACUAAAUUUGGGGAGGAAACACUAAAUAUUGCGAGGAAGCACCAAAUUUGGGGGAGGAAAUACCAGAUUUUGGGGCAGAAACACCGAGUUUGGGGGAAGAAACAGAA